GUCAACUCUGAUUUUAUAGUAAAGUUUGCCAUAAUUCACUUGACGUCGUUGCAUGCUUCUUUCCCGUCCAACAUAUAAACACAUGUACAAUGCCAGCCGAAGUCGUGGUCAUCAGCGACGAUGAAUCUGACCAAGAAAUCCACCUCGUCGCCUGUAAACCUAUCCUCUCGCACUCUCUACCCGCCCUCGCUCCUGCCAGCGCGGCAAUAGUGAUCGACUCUGAUUCGGAAGACGGGAUCGACUCUGAUUCGGAAGACGGGAUCGAGACGGACGAUGACGACGACGACGACGGGGAAAAUCAAGAUAUCCUUGGGUUAUUAAGUCAGAUGGCGGAUCAUUCGGGUUUGCGCGCACCGACACGUACGCAGAGCACGAGCGUGCUCGAAACGUGUCGUGCGAGGACGGAGCGAGGUUCGAGCCGGACGUUUGCGGGUAGUAUCUUAUCCCAGGUUGAUUCGCUAGACAAGACAAAGUCAAAGAAACGGGCCUCUUCAGGGGAUGACAGCAGCGUACAGAAACGGUCAAAGAUUGACGAUACUAACGGCUUGACAAGGGAAGAGAUGGCGGCUAUCAAAGCGAGUGAGAAAGAGGCGAAAGCCGCGCAAAAAGCCAAGGAAAAAGAGGCUAGACAGUUUGAACGUGAUACGGCCAAAGCGGCGAAAGAAGCAGAAAGGUCGUACCAGAGAAAAGUAGCCCAGGUCAACAAGCUCCGAACGUCAAAACAAGAUGCUCUCCGUGAGAUCCACCUCUACCUCUCUGCCGACAUGUGCCUCCCUUCAUCCCCUAUCGCCGGUGCCCUCCCCGAAAUCCGCCACCGGAUCCAAGACUGUCAAUCCGCCCUCUGUUUCCUCCCCGAACCCGAUUCCCCCAUCCCCGGCGCGAUCCGGUUCAAGCGACACCUCCAAGCGCGAUGGGACCCCGGCUCAAAACGGUUCGUCCCGCUAGACGAUCCGCGAUGGGUAUGGGAAAAGACAGUGCUGGUGCUCAUCACGGCCGAAGAGUUGGUGGACAAGGUUGCAGAUGGCGGGGAUACGCUCGGGCAAUGGGCGUCGGACGUGCGGUUGUUAUUGGGUUUGGCGACGGGCGACCAGGUGGUGUUGAUGAUCAAGGGUCUGCAAAAGUAUUAUUCGAAAUCGCGGUCGUUGGCCAAUAAGGAUUAUAUAAACGCCGCCCGCGCGGGUCUCGAGGGCGGGUCGGCGGCGACGGCGACGCCGAUAACCUUUCGACGCCCGACAAGGGAACAAAUCGAAGCCGAGAUGGUGAGACUCCAAGUGGCUGAACAUUUCUUCCUCGUGCAUGUCGAAAAGACGGAAGACGUCGAAGACUGGGUGUACAACAUUGCGGCCGAUAUCGCGCUGAGACCGUACAAACUGAUCGCGAAAUCGCACCUCAAUUUCGCCCCGGCCGAAGGUUCCAGAAAAGCGUUACAGCCGACGGCGGUGCUCGAGCUGAUGUUGCAGGAAGUACAGGGGAUCACACCCUCCGCCGCGGCCGGGAUCACGGAAAAGUAUCCGACGUUUAGGCGGUUGAUGGAGGCGUUUGAGAUGGAAGAGCAGAGAGGGGGGAUCGAGAGGGCGGAGAUGAUGUUGCAGUAUUGUGAAGUGAGGAAUUUGAAGAGCGGCCAUGCGAGUGGCAGGAAUUUGAACAAGGCACUGUCGAAACGGGUUUACAAUGCGUUCCGUGGAACGGACAGUCUCUCUCUUGCCUGAUCCAAUUAAUCCAUUUCUUUUUAGCCUGUUUCUUUUUAAUGGGAUCCCUUGUUCUCUGAUUUGUAUUUAUUUGUAUCUACCAAAGAUUUCUUUUUUGGUCAUUUUGUAUUACAAGAAUG